CUCUACCAUUUUUAACAUGAAUACCACGACUACACCCUCCUCCUGUCUAUGAUAUAUAGACCCAACUCCUCCCUAUCCUACGAAUCAAUGCAGAAAUUCAUACUCAUUUGUGUACGAUUCAAACUCAAAGCCCGCCUCUGUUUUUUUCCACGGUGGGUUAUUUUUGCUGACUAUAUUUGAACCAUUCUUUUUUGCCUACAAGCACCCACAUUUCUGCCUCUCACUCACUUAUCAUUACAGCAUUUUUUUUUUAAUCUUUCUUUUUUUCUUCAGUUGGAACCAUGAGUAACACAAAAAGGUCUGGUUCUGGGUGUUUUUCAUCUGUUUUGCGCCGGAUUCUUUGUUCAAGGACUCCCCAAACACACCCAUCAGACCACAUCGUAGGUUUAAACACUGUGGAUGAUAUAGCCAAGGUUGAAGUCCAAGCUUCUGAAACUGGUCCUGGGAUAGUAGCGAGGCUAAUGGGGCUAGACUCAUUUCCGGAGAACAACUGGCUUCAGAAAAGUAAAAUUCCUGGUCCUGUUACCCGCAGCAGGUCAGUCAAUUUCAUGGAUUACAUGCUGGAGCUUGAUUUCAAACAAGCCAAACAUCGCCGUGUGAGAACAUCAUCAUCAUCGUUUCGUGAGGUACCACAAGGUCCACAACUAUUCCACCAUAAUCAGAACCAAGACUUCCUAGUUGUGUACUUGGAUAAUGAGUAUAAAAACAAUGAAGCUGCAGGGUUUAAGCCAAGGAAAUCCGAGAAAAGAGAUGGAUCAGGUAGUAAGCACGGUAAGCAAAAGGAUAAUGUACUAGAUAAAGUAGUUUGUAAGAAGCAGAUUCGAGAGAAAAACAAGAAGAUAUCUAAGCUUAAAAAUGAGCCAAGGAGAGUUUCUGGUAAACAUUCUUUCAAGGCUGGUAGCUGCAUUAAUGGAACAAAUUCAAAAGCAUUGAAGGUGGCAAAUCAGAAGGAAGUAUCUGUUGUGACUAGGAAGACAAAGAAUCAACGUCCAGUUAAGAAAAUUGAGUACUCUGAGAACCCAUUUGUCGUCCAUGGCGUCUCAGUUUCAAGGUCUUUGGAAGUGAAGUCGAAGAAAUGGUCAUCAAAGUCAGUGAAACAUGACUCCCUCACCACUACAGAUACUAGUGCUCGCAUUUCAAUCCCUGAAGGCCUUGGAAAGCAGGAGAAUUUUGAGUCAACGAAUGUGGAGGAGACUGAGUAUUACAUGGAAUUAGUUGAUAAGCUUAGCAAGCUGACAGAGGGAGAUAUAAAAUUCUCGAACUGGGAAACCAAGAAAGUUUUCAUAUUCGAAGAGAUUUGUGCAGAGUUUGAGGAGCAUAUACUUGAUCACCUACUGCAGCAGGUAGCUGAUGAACUUGUGGGAUUUCACACACAUGUAAAUUUGUGCAAACAUAAUAGACAAGCAAUGAUUUUCCAAGCAAGGCGGUAACUGGUAAACCUUGAAAGAAACAACAUUCCAAGGGGAAAUCGGGUGUGAAAAGAGCUGGCCGGUUUUGAUUACUCUUCCACUUUUUCUCUGCAACAAGAUUCGAGUCUCACGUGGCUUAAGAAUAUGUAGAAUGCAUGUUGAUUCAUCAGCAAAUGUGAACUUGUUAGUAAUAAAAAAUUACUAGUAACAGAGUUUAGAAAACACAAAAAGAAUUCUUCUUUGUAGACUUAUAUGGGUUUUAUAUAUUUUGCAGCUUUAGGGAGAGAAUAUACAUUUUCCAAGCUUCACUGUUGUUGAGUUGGACAUGAAUUUGAGACUUAUGUAUUUUUGUCAAUGCUUGUAGCGUUGGAUUCUACUAUUUUGAGCAGGGAAUGGGAUGGCAUUACAAUACAAAUAUCUAUUGUCAGGCCUAAACGGUAACCAUCAGGACCACCUGAGGAAUUAAUACUAAAACCAUAUACAGAAUGAAUUUGAAACCUUCCCCUUCCUACUUGUCUUUACGUAUUGACUACAUUGUGGAGCCAGAGCCAGAGCCAAAGCCACCACUAACAAAUGUAGCAAAAAGAACACAAAAGUAAAGACUAAAGAAAGACCAUAAUUUAUAUAAAUAGUGGAAGCAAUGCAUCCACUUGUUCUGAUCUCUAAAAGAACAUCGUCCUUCAAAGAUGCCCAAUCAUCAAUAGCAGCCUUUCCUUGACUAAGUUCAUCAUUCCAGGAGAGGGUCUAUCAACAUCAACGCCACCUGAUUGAAGUCUAUAUUCCUUCACCUUUGGACUUCCACAAAUUGGAGCAAUCAUCAAUGGCGUCCUUACCAAGCUCAGCACAAGCAUGGGAUAUCCUCAUCGAUCUUACAUCCUCCGUUCACCAACCGUAUGAUGGUUGUCAUGUUAAACCCCUAACUCCUAUAUAAGUUGUACAUACUGUUCUUGUCUUUAGAUUACCUAUAUAUACAACCCUUUUUUGUUAAAUGUUGGAUUUAAAUUCUAAUUAGGAACCAAUUUGAAUGAAAAUUUCUAUUGACUGAAAA